AGCAGCCCAGCUGGAACAUUUACACGUCAUCUUCAUCAUUAUCAAUCCAGAGAGACGGGCGGUUCGGUUCGGUUCGGUUCGGUUCGGUUCACUCCUCAUCGGCAGGGUCUUAAUGAGUUUGGCACUGAUUAAAGCGCCUGUCUGCUGAUAAAUUGGGCUGGAUUCUGCCUGUUCACCGCUCUCCCCUUAACAUGGAGUUUGUGGAGAGGAAACGGAGCAGGAAAUCUCAGAGCUAUAAACUAGUCAGCGAUGCAGAUUUCAGUCAUGAGUUGGACGAUGUGGACCAGAAUGACAGCGAAGGUGACCUGGAUGCAUCUGAGAGUGAAGGUAGCCGUCCUUCAUUUAAAACAUAUUUGAUUUUGCAUGGCCUCUAUGUAUGUGAACUGUGCGUCUCAGUCUGGUUAGGUGACGACGGGAUGGAGAUAAAGAGACAGAUAACAGGCAUGAUGCGCUUGCUGAGUGACAAGACGGGACGAGUGUAUCAGCGGGUUGGACGAGAGGGAGAGACCCUCAAACAGGAGCCCCAGGAAGAGGCUCUCAGCCUGCCUGUAGCCCAGAGUCUGGCCCCUGAAAACAGCCAGUUUGGCUGGAGCUCAGGCCUGCCUCCAGCUCACGGACAGUAUGGUACCCGCUCCAAAACCCAAAGGAUGCUGAAUCACUCGAAAGCUAAUGACAUGACCUUGCCCCCUGCGUCUGCUGCCAUGGCAACUGAGUCCGGCUGCUGUAUGUGCAACUGCAAGAGCACCCUGCAGGCCAUUCUGCUGGAGUUACGUGCCAUGAGAAAACUAAUCCAAACUCAAAGAGGAACGCAGGACAAACUGGGUUCCAACAUCCCAAGUUCAGCAUCCCGUUCCUCUAUCUCUAGGAGGAGUGCCCAAAAAAGAAGGCCAGGCCACAGAGCGACAGUCUUGACCACACCUCGGUCGCCACCCUCUGAGGCUGAUGCUGAGAAGGAAUCCAAUCAGACUGCAAGACAGUCCAGAGAGGACACGCCCUCCACAGCGGUGGCAUGUAUCCCAGAUCCCGUUCCCAGUGUAAAGACUUCUUGCUCUCACUAUAACAUAACCAGAGGACACAACACCUCAGAGCCGGAGGUGCAGUUGGCCGAGGAUUAUGAUGUAUAUAUUCUGAAAGCACAGCUGGACUCGAUCUUACUGAACUACACCCGCUCUGGCAGUCUGCUCUUCAGAAAACUGGUGUGCGCUUUCUUUGACGACGCCACGCUGGCCAACUCACUGCCCAACGGCAAGAGGAAGAGAGGUCUGAACGACACCAGGAAAGGACUUGAUCAGAAUAUAGUGGGCGCCAUUAAAGUGUUCACAGAAAAGUAUUGCACUGCCAAUGGGAUUGAGAAGCUUCCCGGCCCCAGAGAUUGGGUCCAGAUUCUGCAAGACCAGAUUAAACUUGCCCGCCGUCGCUUAAAAAGAGCAGAGACAGCCUCAGAAAGUAAUGAGAUACUGCACAGAACAUGUACAGAAAAAACAGGAAGGUAAAGGAGACUUCACAAGGUGCUGCUUAUGAGAGAACAGACUGUGCUGUUGCUAUGGACACUGCCUGAGCAGACACUGUAAUGCAACCUCUGACCCCCUCAAUGGGCACAUUUUUGUAACACAAGUGCUCUCAUUUUAUUAUUUUAAAGUGGCUUGUUCUGGAUGUCACCAAUAGUUUUCUGCAUCAUCUAAUUAUCAUCCAAAUGCAUCACCAACAAUUAUGAGCAGAAUAGUUUGAGCAGGACUGUGCCUUUAAUUCACUCAUGCCAUGUUGCCAUGCCAACUAACAAACUGAUCAUUGACACUCUCUGGUGAAAUGUGUGGCACUUGUCAUAGAAGAAUAUGCCUGUUUUCCCUUCUAAUCAAGUUUUUUAUUUGAAUGUAUUUUGUACGAUUUCUCUGAAAACAAGAAUGUUUUGACCGAUCAAGUAAAUGUAUCUUGCUUGAUGUAUUUCGAUAUUUUUUACUUUGAAAACAAGACAAAAAUAUUCAGUAAGAAAAUGACUUGCCAGUUAUAAAACAGGUGAAACUAAAUGUUUACCAGUGGAAAAAUUGUUUUGGUGCGAGACUUAAAUAAAUAAAGUGUCUUCUUACGUCGUUGGUCUAAACCUGUUUUAAGUCCAGGGGGUUUCAAAAUAACUUUGUUAUUAAUGUAUUAAUUAUUGAUUAUUUAACAAUAACUCAUUUUAAAAUGCUAACUUAUA